AUGGAUAUAAACAAACUAUCUCUUAAAAAAAGAUAUAUGGUAUUUACUUUAUUUUGUUUUUACAUAAUAUCUUGUGUUGGUAUAUUUUUUAAUUGGAUUUCUUUAUCGGAUUUUUUUUUUCAUGGGAACGUAUAUAUAAAUCAUUGUGAUAAUAUAUAUGAACCCUCAGCAUAUGAACAUAAAAGAACAUAUAAAUGUGAAGAACAAGAUAAGAAAGUUCAAGCACUUUAUCCUAUAAUAUUAUGUUCUAAUUUUAUUAUGUCUGCUAUAUCAGGUACUUUUUUUGAUUAUUUCGGCCCUAAAAUAACAGCUUUAUUUGGUCAUGUGUGUAAUAUAAUAUCAUGGAUACUUAUAGGAUUACAAAAGGGAAAUAGUAAUAUAAUAAUUUUGGGUGCAAUUUUUUUAGGGUUAUCUAGUGAUUGUUCAUUUAUUCCGUUGUUAAAUCUAAUUUAUUUAUUUCCAAGAAAUCAUACUAUAUAUACUGUAAUUUUAGGAUGUUGUGCUUCCUUAAGUUUUAGUAUACCUAUAUUCUUAGAUUUAUUUUCGAAAAAUUGGGAUGAAAAAUCUUUCCAAUUCGUAUGCUUCUUAUAUUGUUUUAUAAUUUUAGUUCCUUUUUUUUUCAUUCUUAUUAUAUUUUUACCAUGGAGGCACAUAAACUAUCAUACCUCCAAAGAAAAAGAAGAAUCUCUUAAUAACACACUGGAUCAAUUAAAAGGAUACGUCAUAUCCAACAAAUCUAUAAAUUUAAGUUUUAAUUUUCCCACUAUUUUUAAUGAGGAACCUGUGAAUGAAAAUCAAUAUGGAGAUAAAAAUCAAGAUAAAAAUCAAGAUCAAUAUCAAGAUAAAAAUCAAGAUCAAUAUCAAGAUCAAUAUCAAGAUCAAUAUCAAGAUCCAAAUCAAUAUCAAUAUCAAGAUCAAAAUCAAGAUGAUGGAGGAGGAGGGAGUUCAUUUGGAAAAUGGAUGUAUCAAGAAAAUCAUGUUCCUAUAAUUAAUAAACAUAAUAUAAAUGAUCUAUCAUUUGAUAUAUAUAAUGAUUAUGUAAAUUCUAAUCAUACCAUAAAUUUUAUAAACCACAAAAAUACAAAACCUAAUAUAUAUUCAUUGGAAGAUAUGGGAAAUAAUUCAAACAUCCCGGAUGUAUAUAAAAGGAGCCCUUUAAAUAUAUCAGCAAAAAAUAUAAGCCAAAUUAUAUAUACUAAUAGCUCAAUGAAUUCAUCUAAUUUGGUUUUGAGAAAAAGUAACGAUAAGUUGAAUGAUCAUAUAAAACAAGAUGGAAAUUAUUUGACAAAAGAUAUCUCAAAUAAUAAUAAAAUAAAUCAUUAUAUAAGUGAUGAGAAAUAUUAUAAAAAUAUAUAUUAUUUAAAUCAUAAAAAUGGAAAUAAUCAAAAUAAUGAAAAUUAUGAAUAUAGUAUAAAAUGUAAUUCAAGAAAUGAUAUCAAAAUGGGAAUGGAGAUGGAAAUGGAGAUGAGAAAGGAGAUGAGAAAGGAGACGGUAAUGGAGAUGGAGGUCAAGAUGAAAAAAAAAAAAUAUAUAUAUUCCUUUAUCCAUAUAUCAGCAUUAUGGAAAGAAAUAAAGAUCAUAUUUUUUUCUUUAAAAUAUUUAAGUAUAUGUUAUUAUUUUACAAUAUAUAAUUUAUCAUUAGUUAAUUAUAAUGAAUGUGCUAAAUUGUUUUUUAAAAAUUAUGAGGAUAUACAAAGUAUGUUGAAAAUAUUUGGACCUUUAUCAGUUAUACCGUGUGCAUUAUUUGGUAUAUUAAUUCAAAAAAUUCAUAUACUUCUAUUAAUAUUUAUUUUAUUAAUUAGUAGUAUAUCUAUGUAUGUAUUUGCACUUAUUAAAUAUAAACUUUUUUCAUAUUUCAGUGCAUUUUCGUAUAUGAUCGUAACAGGAUGUUAUACUACACAAUUAUAUUGUUACAUCCAAGUUAUGUUCCCUAUUAACCACUUUGGAAAAAUAGUUGGAACUACUAGUAUGAUAAGUGGUCUCUUAUCUUUAUUAAAUAUACCUAUAUACAAUUAUUAUAUUGUAGAUUAUAAUAACAAUGAUCCUACACCCUUUGCAUAUUUUGUAAUAGGACUCUUACUAUCAACUUUUCCUCUUCUCUAUAUUAUAUACAAAAGAUGUCAAACCAAAAAGUAA